AUGUUAUCUAUGGGUUUGGGGAUCGAGUGUCAGGCAAACUUGAAUGCCUCCGUCUUGAGGCAGAAGUUGCCUCAGCAAAAGCACAAGCUUUUAUUGGUUAACAAUAAUCAGAGAGCAUUGAAUUUCAAGCCAAGGACCUCUACCUUCUCUGUUUCUCACUCGCUGCCGGAGUUGAAGCUCAGACUGACCCAAACCACGAGAAACGUCAAGCUCUCCGCCGCCGCUGAGUCUCUAGUUGCUGAAGAAACGGCCGCUGCUGAUGACAACUUAACCACCGAAACGCCUCUGGAAAAAGAGAAGCUUGGAGUAGUUGUGAAGCCAAUUGAGAAACCAAGGCUUGUAUUGAAGUUCAUUUGGAUGGAAAAGAACAUCGGCAUCGCCCUCGAUCAAAUGAUACCGGGUCAUGGCUCCAUCCCUCUCAGCCCCUAUUAUUUCUGGCCGAGGAAAGAUGCCUGGGAGGAGCUCAAGGUCUUGCUCGAGAGCAAGCCAUGGAUAUCUCAAAAGCAGAUGAUUAUUCUUCUCAACCAGGCUACUGAUAUCAUCAAUUUGUGGCAGCAGAGUGGUGGCAAUUUGGCGUAA